AUGAGAUUCAACUUGGUGUUUCCUCAAGAGCUCUCACUCGCUAUUCUUUUGUUCCCACCGCCAACAAACCCUUUUUCGUAUAGUUUCUCAAAAUCAAAAGCAUUCCUUUUUGUGGUGAAAGUUUCAUCUAAAGAAGAAGCUUCAAGGAAUCAGUGCUGUGCUGUUUUUGGGACCGAAAUUCGGCCAACUGCGGAAUGUGGAAGAACAAUGUACAUAAUUCGCCAAAGAAUAGACCUGUUACUCAUGAGAAUGCAGAAAAAACAUGAAGCUUCAGGAUUCAAAGGGCAAACAAGUUACAAAAAUGUCAAAAGGAAGCAAGUAAAAAAAUGGAAACUAGCAUCUUUUCACAAGUGGAUAUUGAUGCUGAUGAAAUAA